AUGUUAAUACCUCCAAAGACAAAAAGAAAUUAAACUAUUGAUUAAGGAGAAUACUUAUUUUAACAAAGAAAAAAUUUUGAUCCUUAUAUUGAGAUGAUGAAGAAACAAUAAUAACAGGAACUUAAUUUAUUUCGAAAAGCUUUUGCUAAUAUUGCUUCAUCUAGAAUACAUGCAUAACAUCUAAGUGAAAAAAGAGAAUAAAUUGUAAUAAUUGUUAAAAUUUAGCUUAUAAGGUGUUGACUGUACAUAAAAAAAAACGAGUUUAACCAAAAUCAGAAUUCAAGUUACCCACUUUAGGUUAAGGAGAAAAAACAGAAAGAAUAAAAAUUAAAUUUCCUCCUUAAAGAAUUAAGAAAGUCUUUGUAUGA